AUGGCACCGGAUGCAGAUGCAAAUGAUGAUGGACUCAAAGGAGCCUCUGUUUCCACAGGUUAUGUAGUUAGCGCUUCAUUGAGUAUCCAGUUCCCGUACUUGGCUGCUUUCUUCUUGGGCCCGCAGGACUGCGACUUUACUACUACUACUACUACUACUACUACUACUACUACUACUACUGCUACUACUACUACUAGUUCAAAUGACGACAAUGCAGAGGCAUUAAACUCAUAUUGUCUUAUUUGCAACAUGAGUAGAAGUAGUAGUAGUAGUAAUAGUAGUAGUAGUAAUAGUAGCAGAGAUGCAAAUGCUAGAAAGAGUCUACCUGUUGCAACAUGGCACCCUGCGGGUGACUCUCCCAUGUUUAAAAGCUUGUUUGGUGUGAGUGGAGCUGGGUCUCUACUGUCUGAGGUGACAAUGACUACAUCCAGGACCCUCCUCACAUUACCUAUCAAUCGUUCCCAUGCUCCUCCAAAAUGUGAGGCGCCCGGGGGAUUGAAAACAAAUUCCACCCACACUGGAGCAACUCAUUUCGCACCUUGUUUUCUCCUAAGAACUCAUAACUGGAGUCUAGAACCUUCCGUGAUCACCCACAAAUUAGUGCCGCAGUCGCAUCUAAUCGUCCUAACAUGUCCAUGA